AUGUGGUAUACCCCAGCCUCCCUGACUGUCAGUCCUGCUAGAUCUCAGCUGUUUGAUGGUGAGUCUCUUCAUCUGAGCUGUGAGGAAGACUCUGCUGGAUGGACAGUGAAGAGGAACUCGACCACAGAAACCAUGACAGAGUGUGGAAAUGCCUGGGGAAAACUAAGUGCUUCCUCCUGCAAAAUCGGGUUCACAGUCCUCUGGGACAGUGCAGUUUACUGGUGUGAGUCCAGAGAAGGAGCAACCAGCAACACCGUCAACAUCACCGUCACUGAGGGUGAUGUGAUCCUGCAGAGUCCUGUCCUUCCUGUGAUGGAGGGAGCUGCUGUGACUCUGAACUGUACACCCUGGGAUAACACCAACCUCCCCGCUGAUUUCUAUAAAGAUGGCUCCCUCAUCAGGACUGAGUCUACAAGACAGAUGACCAUCCACCAUGUUUCCAAGUCUGAUGAAGGCCUCUACCGCUGCAACAUCUCUACUAACGAGUCAGCACCCAGCUGGCUGGCUGUGGCAGCCACGCCCACUGAGGAAGCCACGCCCCCUGACAAACCGACAUCCUCUUCCUCAGCUCCCCCGCUGUCUCCAGUCAGACUGGUGUGCCACCUGGUGGUGUUCAUUCCUUACUGCAUCUCGACUGUGCUCCUGAUGUCGAUCUGCCGCAGCAGGCCUGCAGGAAAUCGCCCGGCCGUCUCCAUGGCGAUGGCUCCACCAAGCAUGGGACCGGAUGGAGAGGGUGAUGAUGUCAUCGAAGGCGUCACCACGGAGCAUCACUUCUGAGACUUUGGCCUUCAGGGCAGUUAUGAUAUUAAAAAAGUUA